CAGACACACAACAGGGUCGAUACAGCCGGGGGGGGAGGGGAGUAAUAAAUGCAAACAACAUUGAAACACAUCUUAUUCUCUUAAUACCAACAAACUCACCCAGCAGUGUAUCUUCUUGAAAAAAGGAAGAAAAAUGAAAAAAAAGAGAGAGAGAGAGAGAGACACAGAAUCGAAUAGAGAAAACCACAGGCCUUUAAAUAGAUGGCAGAAAAAGAGAAGUGUGAAUUGGACGGAGAUGCGCAGAAGAAGAAAGAAAGAAGCGAGAGCAGAAGCGAGAGCAGAAGUUUACGCCGGGCUCUACGAAGAGCAGAGGGGGCAGUCGUCGGGGAACAUAACGCGGGAUUUAACAACGGCAACGACUUCACGAGGCAGGGAGGACGAAGCUGAAGAGAUCAACGAAGAGGUAUAUCACGGCGUAGGAAGAGAGGGGGGCUCAUGGGAAACCUCCUGAAAGUGCUGGCUUGCGCCGAACUUGAGCAUGGCCCAAUAGUUUUCCUUGACUUUGAACAUGCUCAACCCACGGAGGCGGAGACGGCCGUGUGGAACCAGGUCAGCGCGGUGCUGGAGGAGGCUCACGGGAUCCUGGCCGAGCUGCAGUCCUACAACGGAGCGGGCCAGGAGAUACGAGAAGCCAUCCAGAACCCAGGCGACCUCGCUCUGCAGGAGAAGGCCUGGAACGCAGUCUGCCCCCUGGUGGCCAAACUGAAGCGCUUCUACGAGUUCUCCCUCCGACUGGAGAACGCCUUGCGCAGCCUGCUGGAGGCGCUGACCAGCCCGCCGUACGCUCCCAUGCAGCACCUGGAGAGAGAGCAGGCGCUGGCCAAGCAGUUCGCUGAGAUCCUUCAUUUCACCCUCAGCUUCGAUGAACUAAAGAUGACAAAUCCAGCCAUUCAGAAUGACUUCAGCUACUACAGGAGGACUAUAAGUAGGAACAGGCUGAACAACCAGCAGCUGGAAGCGGAGAACGAGGUCAACAACGAGAUGGCCAAUCGGAUGUCCCUGUUCUACGCCGAGGCCACGCCGAUGCUGAAGACGCUGAGCAACGCCACCACCAAGUUCGUUUCAGAGAACAAGACCUUGCCCAUCGAGGACACCACGGACUGCCUGAGCACCAUGGCCUGUGUGUGCCGCGUCAUGCUGGAGACUCCGGAGUACCGCUGCCGGUUCACCAACACGGACACCAUGCUGUUCUGCAUGAGGGUGAUGGUGGGGGUCAUCAUCCUCUACGACCACGUGCACCCCGUCGGGGCCUUUGCCAAGACCUCCAAAAUCGACAUGAAGGGCUGCAUCAAGGUGCUGAAAGAGCAGCCGUCCAACAGCGUGGAGGGACUCCUGAAUGCACUGAGGUACACGACACGACAUCUAAACGAUGACAGCACCUCCAAACAAAUCAGGGCCCUGCUGCAAUGAGGAGGAGGACCGAGGGAGGAGAGGAGAAGUGCACUUGAAGGAGGAGAACGAAGAAGAAGAAGAAGAAGAAGAAGAAGAAGAAGAGGAGGAAACAAACGCCAGCGGCCGAUAAACCCGUUUGUUUACAACGAACAAAAAGGAAAUCAUCUCCAGGCUUAGAGAAACCUGAUGAUAUUAAGAAGAGGAAAAAAAUUAUUAUAUAUAUUGUCAGCUGUCCAUCAUUCUGUCUCUCAUUUUGUAAAGUAUAGAAAAAAAGAAGAAGAAGAAGAAGAAAAAAGCCAGAAAAGAAAAUAUAGAUAUAUAUUAAAAACGAGUGAAUCACGUGCAGCAGAUGAAAAAAGAAAGUAGGAUUAAAGAGGACGCUAUAUUGCAACAAAAAAAAAUUUAAGGUCAGAACCGAAGCAAAAAAAAAUAAAAAUACAAAAAAAUAAAUAAAAUAAAAAGGGUUCAUGUUCCAGCAGUAGUCUGACAAGUAUUUUUGCACACAAACAACGCCACCUCCAUCCCCCUCAGAUCUGACCCCUGACCUCCCCGUGACCCCCUCCGUCCAACCGCAGUAGGCUUUAAGCCCUCGAGGUCCGUCUGCUGCCCUGAUCUCUGCCUUACAGGUUCAUCGGCGAAGCAAUGUGAUGGAUGCACUCCGGAAAUUUGCUCCCGUGCCUGUUUUGUUUAUGUUCUGCAUCGGUGCAGCUGAAGGAAAGGAGGCGAGGAGGCUUUUUAGGAGGCCUCUGUUUUUUGGUUUUUUUGCCCUGAAUUCUCCCCCCCCCCCCCCCCCCUUAUUCUCACCCAUACAGGCACACAAAAAAAAAUGCUGUGUGCCCUUAAGCUUAAUAAGUUACAGCACAACACAUCAUGUAGUCCGGCUUUACUUGAACAAUGUCGCUCUCUCUCUCUCUCUCUCUCUCUCUCUCUCUCUUGGUGCUAAUGUGGUCGAGACAUCGCAGAGUAUACAAGCUUGUAAGACCUCAGUGAAUUCAUCCCUUUUUCUUUAUUGCACUAAUAUGAUUGAAUAUCAAAUUCAGAGAACAUCUUGCUUCUUUUUUUUUGUUGCCGUCCACAUUAGUGCACAAACGGGGGGGGGGGAUUAAUCAGAUUUAUUACAAACCACGGCACUCUUUUAACUUUCUUCACCCAUGUGCCAAAGCCGAUUGUCGUUUUGCUUUUUUCUUCCAUCGUGGAGCCAGGCUCGAGGAGGGGGGGGGGGGGGUCAGGAGGUCGUGGGGUCGGGGGGUUACAUCUUCUAGUCCUGUAGAAACAUCACUGAUGGUCAUUUUUAAGUCAGAGGACAACGUUGAAAUGACAGAAGGCGGUCACAUUUACAUUUUAGGGGAGAGAUCUGAGCGCAUCCGGUGUAAAUAUGGGAGUCUUUUUCUCAACAGGCAUCUCCAUGUGGUCCUCUUGGGUCCUCGAUGGACACACAUGGACAUCUGCAUCGCUGGGGUUCUUUCUUUUAGUGCCGAGGUCGUCAGAGAAAUAAGAAAUAAAAAAAAAAAUUUAAAAACGGAGAUUUAAAAAAGGAAGUGCUGUACUUUGGACGUCUAUAGCCCUUAAAGUCUAAUUUAAUUUGAUCUUAUAAUAUAUUUUCUAUACAGAGGUAUGUGAACGAGCAUAUUCUGUAUAAAUAUAUAGAUGGCAUGUUGUAAAAGUUCUGACAAGAAAUGUGUAAAUAAGGUGUUUUUAUUCAUUUUUAAUUGUUCAGUGACGCUGAAAUUGGGUAUGUGUUGUCUCUCAGAAUCACCAUGCGUUUUGGGCUUGGACCAUCGGACUUGCCGUAGUCAUAGGUUUCGGAAAUUCAGCUUCAUUACUGCAGAUGAACCGGAGGGAGGGGAGGGACGCUGAGG